AUGUGUCCAGCUGGAAGACUGUGGAAAGGAUCAUCAGCGCCCAUAUGUUUGUUCUACUUGAAGUACUGCUGCGAGGGACUCUUCACGACUUGCACCAGUGGCAACACGAAGGGGUUUCGCAGACCGGACACCAAAAACACAACAUUGUUUGAUUGGCGCCAGAGAAUUCACAGUCUGCCUGGUCAGCUUGAAAGGUUGGUGGACAAAAGAGCAUGGCGCUGGGAUUUCUUCAUGAAAGCGGCUCGAUUCAAAGGACUUUUCCUCCUGCUUGCAAAAAACCUUCUUUCCAAGUUGACAACAGCAUCUUGUAAAUCUCAUGCAUGUAGCAUUACACCAUUGAAGCUUCAGUUGUGCAGCCUCAAGCAAGACGGAGGCUUCAUAUUGUUGGUCAGUGAAGGUGUCAAGACAGGGAUUGGCCAAUGA